UCUCCUUCACAGAAAGAUGGAAUACGAAGGAUGCCAGGGCAGGGACAUCCGAUCUGGUGUUUGUGUGUGUGUGUUUCGCCCUUGCCGCUUUUGCUUGCUCACCUGUGUCAUGUUCUGUCAUGAAGGGUAUUAGAAAUUCAGGGCUUAUGAACUUCUUGCUGAGAUUGUAUUUGUGAAGUAUGACAGAGAUGAUGCCCACCAUGUAUUCACUGAAAUAGCCUCAAGGUAGUAUAUGGUACAAAUUUUAAUUUCUCGUUGAUUUUUUUUUGUGAAUUUGAUAUAAAUUUCACAGUUUCCUUUCAUUUGGGUCUCAAUUAUAGUGACAACUUUCAAAAUGCUCUAAUUGUUUUCUUCACUAAAAAUACAGUUCUGUUUACAGAGCUCUUGCGGAUAAGCUUUGUUCUAUUGUCCUUGAUGAACAUGCAUGCUGCAGACUCCUGCCCUUGACCUCGCCCCCGUUGCUCAGAUCUAGCAAGGGCAGGAGAAGGUGGAUGUGCUCUGAAGCUGCAUAGUUAGGCUCAUCGCCAACAACACGAAGGAGAUGAAGGUUGUUUUUUUGUUGCAGUGUCCUGUUUGGAACUUUCCAGCACCUAAUUUCAUGGAGCUAUGAUCGUUUCUCCAUUGUGGAGGCAUCUCGCCGCAGUUGAUCACUGUAACAGUUGGACCUGAACAAAAGGAGGUUGCCCCUCAACAUAUUCUACUCUGUUUGACUGGUGAAGGCAAACUAGCUGUAUAUUACCUCGCCAGGAUUUCAGACCCUUCUGAUUUACCUCAUGCUACUGUGUCUACCAAUGAGGACUAUGAUGAAAAACAUAUUUCACCCGCAACUGUAUCUGAAAGGAGUUGACUCCAAGUGUUACAGGUUCAGUAUCUAAGAGUACUCUCACAGAACAUGGUGCUGAGCCCUCGAGUGCACAAAAAGGUAGCAACCAGCAGGAAAUGAAUGUGAAAAACAGUAGCUUAGCUUCAAAAGAACAGGAAACAACUGGCAAUUCAUUGCUUAUCUCUUCCAAUAAGAAGCCCUUAGACACCAAGCAAGUGAAUGUGACUACUCCACUUGCAGCUUUGCCUAGCUUAGCAUUAACAGGAAACACAAAACCUACAAUAUCUUCCAGUUUUUAUACUGUCAAUAAUGAAGGUAUGAAUCCAACAGGAGGCAAUGCACCUAAUGGAUUAGCUCCUUCCUUGCAAUCAAGCAGCAGAAGUUUUGGAAACAGCCAAACUGGUAAAGAAGGCUUUGAUUCAGCUCAAUCAGUGGGAAUAUUUGGUGGAUUUCAAAACUCCAAUAAAGAUGGUGAUGUCUAUGGUUUCAAGUCUUCAUUGUUCACUUCGAGUGAAUCUGUCCCUGCCAAGAUUGGAGAAAGGAAUGAGGUUGGUUUUGGAGUUCAUUCGCCACAAAUCAGCUACACCGCUGAUAGAAAAGUUUUUUGGUGCUCCAGUUGCCUUAAGCUCUGCACCUUCACCAUCGAUAUCUCCUGCUAAACCUUCCCCAAUUGGAUCUUCAUCAAGUGGAUUUCGGACAUGAAACUCUGAAGCACCUCAAUCAUUGCAUGGAUCACCUCCGUCACACCGAUCUAUGGGCAAAUCACAUAACGUCAGGACACAAGUACUAGCAGACUAUUCUAGAAACUCCAAGAUGGGCACAAGAUUCGAUUCUGCACAAGACUUGUCUAAAAAGUUUUACAGUAUAAAUGAAAUGACGAAGGAGUUAGAUGUCCUACUAGCAUAUAUAGAAAAGGAUGGUGGUUUCAGAGAUGCCUGCAUAACCUUCCAGCAGCGUCCUUUUUCUAUGUUUGAGGAUGGCUUGCAAAACCUUUUGGAGUUGUUGCAGGUCUUCAAGGGUAAAGUAGAGGAACAAUGUUCAAAAAUUGAAGAUAUGAGGAACAAGAUGUUUCAAGUUUCUACUAGGCAAACUUACAUGAAGGGAAUUGUUAGCCAGUCUUCAGAUAAUCAGUACUGGGAUAUAUGGAACCGCCAGAAAUUGAGUCCAGAAUUCGAAGUGAAGAGACAAAUUAUCCUCAAAGCUAACCAAAAUUUGACAAAUCAGCUGGUCGAGUUGGAGAGGCACUUCAAUAAUCUGGAGAUGAACAGAUCCAGUGAAACAGGAAGAGUGGCUUCUAAUCGAAGAGUUGUUUAUUCUAAUAAGACAAGGUUGAGGCGGCGGCGGCGAGCGGCCGCGAGCACGGGCCGAGGUCCGAAGGUGGGGUCGCGAACGCCGGGGGCGUUCCGGCCGAGAUCAGAAUUCAGUGACUUUGCUUCAUGAAGUCACGGUGUAACUUUCGAUCCAUCUCACACCUCCGUUCAAGAUCCAAUGACUCCAAAGCAAUUUUUUACGGAAUGCUGGCUGCGGGAGGCGGGAGUUUCCCUCGCGCGCUGGCCGUCCCACGCGCCGCUUCACUUUCUUGGCCGCGCGGUGCGCCGCCGGUCCCGCGGGGCGCGCCGCCCGCACUGCCUCAGCUGCCUGAGCCUGACUGCGCUAUGCGGCGGCUGUCACGCGCGCCGCCUCGUAAGGCUUUUGAUUCAAACCUAAAUUGGGGGCGGUUGCCGAACGGCUCUAAUAGUGUACUGUUUUUCAAUUUUGGUCCUCUCUCUCUUCAAUUGGAUUAGUGAUGAUGUAAAAAAAAGUUUAAAACAACAAUGCCUCUCUAUCACAUGUUUUCUUAAAAAACACAGGGCUUAUUAGUCAACAAAAAUAAAUGUGGUGAGGCAUCGCCUAUUUGUUAAAUGUCGAGACAAAAAUAUGGAAAAGGUCUAUACAGUGGAGUCGAUAAGCCUGCGACGCUGUGACUGUAUUAAUUUCA